CGGGCCCCCGCCCGCAUCGGGGCUCCCGCCUUCGGCCUUCGGAGAGACCGGAACUUUGGGCGUGCGGAACCUCGGAGGCGGAGCGCGGGCGCUGAGGACCCGGAGGGAGAUGGAGAGUGCGCGCGGGCCGGGGGCUGAGGCCGAGACGCCUGAGGAGGAAGAGCCGGAGGCGGGGGAGACCAUGGCGGCCGUGGUGUCCGCGGCCGGUGGCGCGGGCCCGGCGGUCCUGCAGGUGGCCGGCCUCUACCGGGGUCUGUGCGCGGUGCGCAGCCGCACGCUGGGACUGGGGUUCGUGUCGCCCGCACAGCUGCGCGUGUUCCCCGUGCGCCGCGACAGCACGGACAGCAAAGGGGUGGGGUCGGAGCUCGAGGCCAACCCCUUCUACGACCGCUACCGGGACAAGAUCCAGCAGCUGCGCAGGUCUGAUCCAGCUGCUUUUGAGUCUCGCCUGGAAAAGCGAAUCGAGUUUCAGAAGCAGCCUGUGGGCCACUCCAAGCAAGGUGAUUUUAUCAAGUCUGUGGAGCAGAAGACAGAUGCCUCGGGGAAGCAGUCUUUGAAUAAAGGAUUCACUAAGGACAAGACUCUCAGUUCAAUCUUUAACAUUGAGAUGGUGAAAGACAAAUCUGGAGAAGAAAUAAAACAGAUUUGGCAGCAGUAUUUUGCAGCAAAAGAUACGGUCUAUGCAGUUAUUCCUAAAGAGAAGUUUGAUUUGAUUUGGAACCGUGCUCAGUCUUGUCCAACAUUUCUGUGUGCACUGCCAAGAAGGGAAGGUUAUGAGUUCUUUGUAGGACAAUGGACAGGUACUGAACUCCACUUCACUGCACUUAUAAACAUUCAGACCCGGGGGGAUGCUGCAGCCAGCCAGCUGAUUUUAUAUCACUACCCUGAACUUAAAGAAGAAAAGGGCAUAGUGUUGAUGACAGCUGAAAUGGAUUCCACAUUUCUGAAUGUUGCUGAGGCACAGUGCAUCGCCAACCAAGUUCAGCUCUUCUAUGCCACUGAUCGGAAAGAGACCUUUGGUUUAGUGGAGACCUUUAACUUCAGGCCAAGUGAAUUCAAAUAUAUGUCUGUCAUUGCUGAAUUGGAACAAAGUGGACUUGGAGCAGGGUUGAAAUGUGCCCAGAACCAGGAUAAGACUUAGAGGUGUGAGCGUUGGCCUUUCACAGAGUUGGCUCAGCUCUGGAUAGUUGAGAGCCUACCGCCUCCUCCAGCUGCAGAGUUCAGCCUCUGUAACAAGCAGUCCAUAAUGAAUUGUCCUGUAUGCUUAAUACAAGAAGUGGUGAUGGAGAUGAGCCCUAAGACUUGAAAUUCAGGAACAAAGGUACCCGAAAAGUCUGAUAAUUUCCUCUCAGUAUACUUAAGGUUUCCUUUUAAGUGUUUUUGGUCAUUUAAGCAAAAACUAUCCAAGAGUCUAUACACUGGUUGACUUGAUUUACAGUGUGGCUGGGUACUUGCAUUCUAACUGUUUUGACCUCAUAACUUCCAGUUCUGCAUAUUUAUGAAUCUAAGACAGGGUAAUAAGCUUGAAGAUCAUAGUAUGAUGUGAACGAUACAUAUUCUUCCCAUGCACCAGUGAGUUUGCCAAAAGUGUAAUCCAGAUAUCCUGUUUAGACUCUAAAACCAACAGAGAUUCCCAUCAGGAUAAAAACUUUAUUUUGAUGCCUGCUCCCCACCCCCAGAGUUAACAUUUACUGUAGCAGGUUUGAGGUGUCAAUAGAUUUCAGGUAGAAUUAGAUAAACAGUGCCUGAAUAUUGUUAAACCACAGAUUGCACUUGCUUCUCUACCUCUGCCUGUUGAAGAAGAUCUAUCAGUGUAGUGUAAAUAAAACAUCUUUGCAAAAUGA